AUGGAGGAAAAUCAGACAAUGGUCACAGAGUUCAUCCUCCUGGGAUUUUGUCUUGGCCAAAGGAUUCAUGUACUUCUUUUUGGAAUUUUCUCCCUCUUCUACGCCUUCACUCUGCUGGGGAAUGGGGCCAUCCUGGCUCUCAUCUGCCUGGACCCCAGACUGCACACCCCCAUGUACUUCUUCCUCUCCCACCUGGCCAUAGUGGACAUCGCCUAUGCCUGCAACACAGUGCCCCGGAUGCUGCUGAAUCUCCUGGACCCCGCCCUGCCCAUCUCCUUUGGGGGCUGCAUGACCCAGACCUUUCUCUUUCGCAUCCUGCUGGCCAUCCUGAGGAUCCAGUCAGGGGAGGGCCGCAGAAAGGCCUUCUCCACCUGCUCCUCCCACCUCUGUGUGGUGGGGCUCUUCUUUGGCAGCGCCAUCGUCAUGUACAUGGCCCCCCAGUCCCGCCACCCUGAGGAGCAGCAGAAGAUCCUUUUCCUAUUUUACAGUUUUUUCAACCCCAUGCUGAACCCCCUGAUCUACAGCCUGAGGAACGCAGAGGUCAAGAGUGCCCUGYGGAGGGCUCUGUACAAAGAAGGUCAUUCCCAGCUGCUCUGA